AUGCCAAGGCAUACGGAUGUUCCUGCACUCCAGAGCAGGCGAUUAUCAUCGUCUCCUGUUCCACAACGCCUUCAACUUCGUCCACAGGCAACCAUCUUCCAGUCAACAUCCAGAGCAGAGGCCCGCACCGCUCUUCCGGACACUCAUUCGAGGAAAUCAGCCAACGCCAUCCAAUCAACAUUAUCUCGACCAGCAACCACAUCUCACAACCGCACUAAAUCACAGCCUGGCAGGCCUAAUCAUCUCAGCAAGAAGCAACGCUCAUACGUCGAAACUAACUCAGAAUCGGAUGAGGCCGAACUGGUCUCAGCAGUCAGGACCGCAAGACGCGAGUCCAUCACAUCUUCUUAUGCCAGGAUGGAGACUCGCCAGUCGAAUUCUCCAAAGCAAGGGCCACUCCCCGCGGCACAGCCAGCAACACAGUCGAAAGCACAGCACGAGAAAGAUAACAUGCAUGGAUCAGACCUCCUUCACACGACACUGGAGAAACGAAUCGGCUCGCUGAAAACAUCCUUCACAGAAAAGCAGCGACUCGCACUACAGGCCAUAAUCUUAGGAUCUCAGACAAAGAACGCCCAACCGGCAACAUUCGACGCUCGGUCUUCGACUUCUGUAACAGCUACAGCAGCACACCGUGGCAAGCAAGCCGAUGGCGAAAACAAGGAUGUCCCCUUGCUGCCGGACUCUCAGGUCGACGUUGGAGGUUCUUCUGCUUCAGCAUCUACCGAGUCUUAUUCAGGAUGCGAUAGUACGGGAACAGCUAUAAUGUGCGAACCGCCUCUAGAGGCGCCAGUCGAUUCACCCAGGAAACGACCAUUCAACGCAGUAGAACCCAACAAUGGUCUCAACAAUUUUCCGCGACUUCGUGAGGAGCCAACAAUUCCUAGCCAACUUUACGUAGGAGCAUCAGAUUUGAACAAAGGAGAAGACCCUGUGCACGACCGUACACGUAGCCACGAUCCUCGACAGCUGGAUCAGUACAGAGUUCACAAGGACAACGGGCGGAUCCAGGGCGACAAAUCUUCAGGAGUUAAACGAGGAAUCUUGAACGGGACAGGAUCCAAGUCUUCGGCAGAGACCGUGGCUGCGAUGACCGAGAAGCUUCAACUCAUCAUCAAUAUGGGGAGACUUGGAUCCUUGAGGCAGGCCUUUGAACUCGGAUUGACAGCAACUUCCAGCGAUAAAGCAAGUCAACGUUUAGAGUGGCUUCUUCUCUCGACGUUGGCUCCCGUCCUCGCCGUACCCGCCUUUUCCACCGUUUACAGCGACGUUAUCACUGCCCUCACUUCCGUAGGCGCAGCCCUGGCUUUUUCGGAGAAUGCACACACCGCUAUCAUCAAAUCCGGAGUACAGACGCGAACAAAGGCAUAUUUUCAUGUUAUCCUUGGCAUCCUGAAGGAGAUCACACAGUUUAUGAACAACGCGACAUACCCAAGUACUUGCUCCGUCAAAAUGAGUGUUUUCAAGAGCAUGUCUCUCCACGACCAUGAUCCCACCUGGAUGACCUUUCGGUUCGCGCAUGUCGAUGACACCCUCACUGUCGUGUCGUCUCUGUUGUCCCUGUUUUGCCACCGCAGCGAAUCGGCAGAGUGGCCAGUGUAUAAGGCGGAUGACGACCAGCGGAUCGCACUGCUCAAGGUUUCCUGCUCCCUCAUUGACCUAUUCCUUCCCGAUGGACAACUUGCACGAAGCGAUCGGAGCGGUCAACGACACCUUUCGGCAAGCUCGGCUUCGAUUUUCCAGCUUUACCAAGCUUGUGGCCAUUGCAUCAAGGAGGCCGUCUCGUUGUCAAACUUUGGCUACCGAUACUACCCUGUUAUAUCCCGAUCGAUUUUAGAGAUCCUUCACCACCACGUCAUGACUCUCAAUCGCCGCUGCACAGAGUGGAACGCCGGGGCCGCAUCUAGGACAUCAAUUGUCAAGGACUACAGGAAGGAGGUACCGGCGAUCGCAUCUCUUGAGAUUAUGCUGGCGGAGUGCUUGGCCUCGGUGAACGAACAUGCUGUUGAGACAAACCCCGCCAUAUUCGAGUCCCAUGAAUCUCAAUUCUUGGCUGUAUCGCUCCUACAUUCGGACCAGUUCCUACUUUUGAGCGACGAUGAAAGCGGGAGAAGCGUUCAGCACGCCCUUUUUCGGAUUGCCACCGCAAUGAUCCCCACCGGAUUUUUCGAAGAUCCAUUGGCCAGCGUUGAUUACAUUCUCAAGAACUUCGUGCACCUUGAACUAGGUUUGCUCGUGGACCUCGUGGGGUCCAUUCUGGAGUACGUUCGGGUCAACGAGUUCGGAAGAGAACAUGGUGCAGAUCGUACUGGACCUCCCAAACAACCCAUACACUCGACUCAGAAUGAGCAGGGCUAUGUCAUGUCGUCCUCCAAGAGAGCCCCAGAGGAUAUCGAGUACGAUCAAAUGCAACUUGGAAGUCUUGAAUGGCCUGGAAAGAGACUCAGAUUGGACAGCCAAGUGUUUAACGUGGCAUCGUUAGAGUCUGCUGCAUGCUCCAGUAUCGUCAGCGCCUCUCAGUUUUCGCAGUGGCCGGGAAAGCAGCACUACGGCGGCUCUAAACCUUGGUCACCUUCCGAGUACCUGCUUGCCAUGCUAAAAAAGUUCACCGAUAACUCUGCUUUCAGUCACACAGCGAGCCAAGGUCCUCGGGGAGUCCAACCUCACCUCUCUGUGAAUGAUCUCCGUGCAAUUAUCAUCAUCCUGCUUUUAUGGACUGAAGAUCCUCCCCGCCAAGACACUCAAGGUGCUACUCGCAAGGCCGAAGAACUUACUGGGAUUGUAGAGCUCAUCGGCAAGCAAUACUUGCGUUGGGUUUUGAGUCCAGGCAUGCAUAACGCGUCCUUGAACCGGUCAUACCUGGAGUCCUCGUAUCCGCUUGUCUUGGAUAUCGUGGCAACUGUAUCAACGCUGAGUACCAACGAGUCGUUCAACGAGUUGCUCAUCUGCUUGUCGUCAGGGCCCUGGUUCACGGACAUUUCUAACAAGGAACUUUGGUCCUCUAUGCCUGUGAGCCCUAGUGCACAUAUCGACAGCAUAUCAGGAGAACGUCAAUUGUGCAAUGUUCUCGCCAGGGUCCUCGAAAGGACGGCGAUUCUAACACACCUUCGAGAUGAUCCCACCCUGCUUCAGGCUAGCGAAAGCUUCCUCCCGCAAAAAUGCAAGGCCAUGCUAGUCAUGUCCACUCUCCCUUAUUGUUCACAGCUCGCUGGAUGGAGGGUCAAGGUGAUCAUCGAUACCCUCAAGUUCUCUCACAACAACCCUGAUCACGUCUGUGCCAGAGGCUGCGGUCACUCACUGACUUCUGUGACUAUCGAGUCCUUGUCAGUUCUCAGCGCAACAAGCCCGAACAUGGAGAUCACCGUCGAAGCCGCCUUGGGCGAAGGAAUUGAAGAAGACGUACUGGUGACACUUGCUUCGAGUAUGGGCGUUAUCGCUUGCGGAGUUUCGACGAUGGAACGCCAUGCUCUACCGGCGCAUUCCUAUGACGUGAUGGACCAGGCCAUUUAUCUGCGGAGAUGGUUGAUCCGAACUUGCGCCACGGACACCUCGAGGUUGGCCCUCCUCAAGGGACUCUACCGUGUCUUCUGUCACCUGGAUCUCCGUGGUCAAGACUUGAGAUCUGUCGAAUUCGGCAAGUUCAUGCUAACUCAACUCGAUGACCAGAAUAAGGACAUCAGAGAAGCCGCCGGAGAUAUUGUCGAACUUCUUGCUCAGAGGGUAAGAGCGAUGUUAGUUGACGAUCCACUGGCGAUCACAAGUCUGGAUGGCAGCUUGGCUAGAAUUGGCGAUUCCAUAGCAAGGAAAAUCGCUGGAUCGUUGAAGAUGACCCGCCUCGCGUAUCACCUCCCAUUGUGCCGGCGUGUGAUGCAGCAUCUCCCUGAGGAUCAUCCUGUAUACAACCGCCUGCUCUCUGCAUUGAUUGAUCAAGUCUUUGCGGAGUCGAGCUCUUUUCGGUCGACUUUGGUUCUCGAAGAGAUGGCGAAAAUCGCGAAGGACAAGAACCUGACGCAUACGACCUUCCUCCAACCCCAGAAUGACUUGUUUUGCACGCAAGUCAUCCAGAAGUUGGAUGCCGGUCAGGAAAACUGGCUGGAGAUUCUUUACAGUUGGACAGAGCUGGGACAGAAGAAUUUUUUGAAGAGGAACAUUUCAGGAAUCCUUCCUAAACUGGUCAUCCUUCUCAGUCGAGAAUUGAUCGAGAAGGUGGCGGCUCUCAUGGCAGUAGAUGCAGGCACCCUUUGUAUUGAGCACCUAGACCAUAUCAUGGCAGGGAUCCUCAUGCACAACGACGACGGCAUUGGACCUCCUGUUGAGCUCCUGAGAAGCCUUCUUUAUCAAGCGAAACCGAAUGGGGAGCUUCAGGCAGAUGUUUUGGGUAUCGCAGCCUUAAUUACAGCUUCUAAAGUUGGGCUGUUGAUACGUGUGAGCUUUGAGCUUGGCCAUGAGAAUCCGGAGGUUCGUAGCAAGGCCAAGAAGGUCAUCGAGGUCGUAGAGGAGAAAGACUGGCAGCAUAACAACCCAUCCAAACGAGCGUCAGAGCGGCGCUCUCUCGCUACCUUCUUACAACAGCACAUCCUCGCCGUUUUGUCGGAAAUCAACAAGGCUAUUAUGGACACUGGCCAACGCAUCACUCUUGGGACCAAGGCCAAGCAUCUCCGCAGCUUGUCCGCGCUGGUUGAACUAUUGCAGCCGAUUCAAAGCACAGUGCUCUCACAGAUCAUUUCCCCGUUGAACAUGGCGUUGAAUCUCCGAGGACUUCGUAUCCAUGCGCUUCGUGCUCUGAAAAGUAUUAUCGAUUUGCUAGAGCCCAUGCAGUUUGAAUCCUUGGUCGGUCAUCUUGUCCAGUCCCUGGGUGGUCUCUACCUCAACUCCAACAAGUUGGAGCAGGAAAUCAUAUUCGGCGUCCUUGACCAUCUCCUUGUUCAGUCUCAAGACAAGCUUCGCCAGGUUUUGCCUGAUGUUGGAGCCCUGCCGACGAUACCUGACUUUGAGCAGAUGAACAUUAUUCUUCAGCUUGCGAAAACCGCCAAUGGCUUUGAACAGCAACUUCAGGGGCUGGCAGACCGGCUUGGAAGCGAGGAUUCAGAACUUGCGAGGCAGGCUGUAGUGGAGCUGAGGGAAUUCCUAAUGGCGAAUGAGGAGAGACUCCUUGCCAUGGCAACAAGCGAGGACCAGGAGCCGAAUGAACUCCUGAGCAAUCUUGUCCUGACGCUUCUUUCCGAGAUCAGUCGUUUCAGAGGACUCGAUGCGCCAGUUCCGAUGGCUUGCGCAGAGUGUCUUGGGAUCAUCGGCGCUAUUGACCCGGAUAGGAUAUCAGGUCGGCGUACAAGCACGACCACGACUGUCUAUGCCAACUUGAACGAUCUCGAGGAAUCUCGGAACUUUGUUUGUGAAUUGAUCGCGGUCCAGCUGGUCGGGAAGAGUCGGUCGAUUGGCGAUGUCCCGUCGGAAAGUCACUGGGCGUUCACUCUCCAGGAGCUACUCUCGUUCUGCGGCAUAACCAAAGAUGUCUUGGAAACUGAACCUGCGGCUAAUUUGUCGAGCCGGAUCUCUCAGCGUAACAGUGGUACGCCUAAACAGUCGUAUUAUGUGUCUACUCCCGCGGUUCAACCUCCCAAGAGACUGGGGACAAGCUUCAAGAUGCCCAAAGAGCGAUGGCGAGAUUUCCCGCGUCACGUCCAGGAGGUCUUGGAGUUGUUGAUCGAUGCCAAGUACAAGAAGACAGAGACGUCAACCCCGCCGGAGCAGCAUAUUCCACUGUACCCAUACGUCAAGACCUUUCAAGAAUGGCUCACUCGUUGGACUCUUUCACUCACGGCAAAAGUCAUUGGCCGAAACGCCAAGGAUGUUUUUCAAGCCUGUAAGCAUGUCAUUCCGUACGAUACUGCCACCAGCCUCUAUAUCCUACCUCAUUUGGUCCUGCAUGUCCUACUCGAGGGAUCCGAAAGGGACCAACGCGAAAUUGUUAACGAGAUGGCCGCCGUUCUGGGAGAUGGACACGACUUAACACUGGAGAACGGACAUCUCAUUUCUGGUCUACCCAAUCAGUCUAUGAGCGAACUACAUCAACUUGGCUCUCAGACUGCGUUCGUGCUAUUGGACCAUAUCACCAAGUGGAUACAGCAACGCAGAAACUCGCGCACAAGACUCCCAGGAAACCAGCGAACCCAGCAAGACCCCAUCCUGCAGACCGUGCAGAAUCACUUGAUGUCGAUCUCGCACGAGCUGAUUGUGAACACUGCUUUCCGCGGCAAGGCAUAUGCACGAGCACUAUUCCACUCUGAGCAACACAUUCGAGACUCAAAGCCCAAGAUGAGCGAGAUGGGGAUUCAGGGGUUGUACGAGGAAUAUCAACAGUUGUACGUAUGGAUGGACGAGCCCGACGGGAUGGAGGGCAUUUCAAGUCUGAUCACGAGUGGGACACUCCCUCAGCACUUGCUGCAGUGCGAAAGUGCUGGUCGUUGGGAGGAGGCACAUGCCUAUCACGAGCUGGGCGUUCAAACUGAGCCCUCAAAACUCGACCAUCAUGUUGGCCUUUACAGAGCAUUGGACAACCUCGGUCAAUAUGACACCUUGCUGAAUGGAGUGGAGGGUGACAUCUAUGCACAUCCGGCAUGGGAGGAGUCCUUGAAUGACUUUCGGAUAUCUACAUCUUGGAAGUCUCAGCGCUGGGAGUCGUUGGAGGAGUCGCUUUCUCGAUCGCUUCAGUCGAGCUUCGAUAGUGGUCUCGGUUUGUUGAUGAAGGAUAUGAGGGAGAACCGUGUUGCUGACUUUGAGGAUCAUUUGCGCCGGACUCGAUCCAUGCUUAUCGCUCCUCUUGCCGCGGCAGGUAUGGAGAGUUACUCAAGGGCAUACGAUCGCGUUGCCCAGCUUCACAUGCUCCAUGAGCUAGAGGUUGCCUUCCACAGCUGGAACAGGACUAUUUCUUCGCAGUGCUCUUCGGGCUCUCAAAUUGCGCUCAAGCUCCAAAGCGGAGGAUCAUAUACUGAACGGGUCCGACUUUACCAACCAAAGCUGGUUCAGCGCUUGGAGUUGAUGGCACCUUCAUUCAAGAUGCGUGAGCAAGUUUCGCUGCUGCGAAGAAUUGCAUUCUACCACAUCAGGAUUCAGGACAAAGAUAUACUGGACCACGAAGACGUGCAGUACUUGACUGAAGAGUGCGGGCGACUCUGGCUGGAAUCUGCGCGGGCUGCACGGAAAUCUAACAAUGAUCAGUUGUCGUACAGCGCCAUGCUUCACGCAGAGGACCUUGGCAACACAUCAGCGGUCAUCGAGCGAGUGAAAUGGGGCUUUUCUCAUAACAAUGAGCGCCAGGCCAUUAAGACGAUCGAUUCGGCACUCAAGCGCAAUGUUGUCACGUCCGUUGCGACUAGAGGAACCCUCAGUCGUGCAUCAUCAUUGACACUGGUGCGUCCAAAAUCAAGUUCGAGCUCAACUGUAAGUUCGAAUUCGAGUAUCUCCAGGUCUGGGAUUGUUUUCUUGAAUACCGACCUAUCCUUGGUACAAGAUCGCGUGCUGGACAAGGACGACCGGGGGUUUAUUCGAGCCAAAGCGAUUCUCUUGCGCACCCGCUGGAUGGACAAGAGUAGUCUUGUCAGCCCGGGAGAGAUUUCCGAAGGGUUUCGAGAUGCUGCUGCCGAGUGUGAUGUCUGGGACAAGCUGUACUACGCUGCUGGCCAAUUUUUCUUUAAGCUGUAUGAGAACUCCAAGCGCAAGAACCGGCCACAAUUGACAUACGCGAGCCAGGGGUGCCGUCUUUAUAGCAAAGCGUUGUCUCUGGGUCCCAAAUACCUUUACCAGAUUAUGCCACGACUCUUGACGCACUGGCUAGACCUUGGUCGCCGCGUCCAUGUCUCACAGGCAAAUCCAGGCGUCUCAAGUUCCGAGCUUGGCGAGUUUAGGAGGAUUAACGAGCUCAUGAACGCUUUAGCGGACCAUUUGCCCGAGUACAUGUUCCUCUCUGCUUUCCCUCAGAUCAUCUCCCGGAUAUGUCAUAAGAAUCCCGACGCAUUCUUUGCUCUGCAGCGCAUCAUUGCCAAUGUCGUCCUUGCAUACCCCGACCAGGCGAUCUGGCAGAUGGUUUCUGUGUCUCGAUCAGUUGUUCAAGAACGGAAGCGAGUGUGCAACAAGAUCUUACACACCAUCCAACAGCAACCUGUUUUAGGACCAGCGAUUAUUGAACAGGUCACCGAGGCGUUGGACCUUUGCGACAGUCUUAUCGAGCUCUGCAAGGCACCGGUCAAGGACAGGACCACCAAGCUCAGUCUUGAGAGAGACCUUCCUCAUCUCGCUCUCCAGCUCAAACGCAGUUACAAUGUGAUCAUUCCUGGCCAGCGGAACCUUUGGCCAUCUUUGCCCAAGUCGAGCGAAACCAUGGCCUCACAUCGACCCUUCAAAUCAAACCUUCCAAAAAUUGAUCGAUUCCUGGACGAAGUUGAUGUGAUGACUUCAUUACAAAAACCUCGCAAGGUUACAGCUGUUGGCAGUGACGGUGUGUACUACACUUUCCUGUGCAAACCCAAGGACGACUUACGCAAGGAUGCCAAGGUGAUGGAGUUCAACUCUCUCGUCAACACGCUCCUGAAGAAGGAUCGCGAAGCCAACCGCCGUGACCUGUACAUCCGGACAUAUGCGGUCGUUCCCCUCAAUGAGGAGUACGGUCUUAUCGAAUGGAUCCACAACACCGCCCCGUACCGACUUCUCGUUCACAAACUCUACAGGUUGAAUAACAUCGCCGUACCCUCUAAUGCUGACAUUAAGCGGAUUCUCGACCACGAAGACCACGUCCGGUUGUUUGUCAAGGAGCUUGUGCCCAAAUUCCCGUCGGUCUUUUAUCAGUGGUUCAAAGAGAUCGCCCCAGAGCCCACUGCGUGGUUUGCUGCACGACUUCGCUUCACGCGGACCGCAGCUGUGAUGUCCAUGGCCGGCUACAUUGUUGGACUUGGAGACCGCCAUGGCGAAAAUUUGAUGCUUGAUGAGCUGAACGGAGAUGUGGUUCACGUCGACUUCAACUGUCUUUUCGAUGCCGGCAAGACUUUCCCCAAGCCAGAGAGAGUGCCGUUCCGGUUAACUCACAAUAUGGUGGACGGUAUGGGCCUCUCAGGGUACGACGGCACGUACCGACUCGCGUGCGAGAAGACCUUGGGAGUGUUCCGCGACAACUUUGAAUCGCUCAUGUCUAUCCUGGAAGGAUUCGUUCACGACCCGCUUGUCGAGUGGUCGAACAGUAGGAAGAAGAGUCAGCAGAGGGAAGCGACUGGAGCUAUGGUGGGAGAUGAUACCCGGACGAGAUUGAUGCGAGGAGCAAGAGCCGAUCCGAAGGCUGCGGCGGCGGUUGCGGAAGCAGGUACAGCCGAUGGCGAACCGUACGAUGAGCAGCAGGCCGAGAAAGCAAAGGAGAUCCUCGGUGUCAUCAGGCGCAAGCUGAACGGGUUGGAGAGCCAGAACGGCAUGUUUUCGCUGUCGGUCGUGGGCCAGGUGGAAGAGUUGAUUCAGAACGCGACCACUCCUGAGAACCUCGGCAAAAUGUACAUAGGAUGGAGUGCUUAUCUGUAA